ACGGACCGCAGCGAUUUCCGGUGUUGCUGAAAUUAAAAGCCUUAGCUUUCUUUUUCUUUGUGCUAAACCUGAGCACAUUGUUGGUUCUUCAAUAAAAGUAUUAGUAUACAGAAGUAGACUUUUAUAUUUAGCAAUUAUUUGUUAACAUUUAGUUUGGCUGUUGCUCCUGUCUUUUUGGGGGGCUUUAGUUGAAGUGAAGAUGGCGGAAAAAGAAGACAGCGGUGAGCCUGGAAAGGACAAAAACGAGCUGCAGGUUAUGAAGGAGCUCGUAGACGAGCUGUAUAAAUUCAGAGACUGUUAUUUUGAGACGCACGGCGUGGAGGAUGCUGGACGGAAGCAGAGCGACGUUGCACGGGAGGUGGAGCGUACUCUGAAAAAGCUGGAGGAGAAAGAAGAGCGCUUCAAACACAAAGCUGAGUUUUUGCUGCAGAAGGGCAGGUGUCUGAAUGCAACGCCGGACUUCAGCGCCGUGGCAGAGGAGUGCCUUUCCCGUGCUGUGAAGCUGGAGCCUGGCCUGGUGGAGGCUUGGAACACGCUGGGGGAGCAGUACUGGAAGAAAGGAGACCUGGUCGCUGCUAAAAACUGCUUCACCGGCGCUUUGCAACAGAAUAAGAACAAAGUGUCUCUGCGCAGCCUGUCCAUGGUGCUGAGGCAGGCACCGGCGGCCAACAGCGAUGAGAAAGGCCAAGUGGUGAUGGAGAGUGUGGACAUGGCCCGGCAAGCGGUCCAGCUGGACCCCACUGAUGGGACUUCAUGGUAUAUUCUAGCAAAUGCCUACAUGUCCAUGUUUUUCACCUGUGGACAGAAUCCACAUUUCUCUCAACAAGCUUUUAGUGCCUACGUCAAAGCUGAGACCUCAGAUAAAAUCGCCCCUUGUAUCCCAGAGCUGCACUUCAACAGAGCCAACCUGUUUCAGUAUGAGGAGAUGUUUUCAUGUGCGCUCAACGGACACAGCAAGGCGGCGGAACUGGACCCGAGCUUUGAGGAGCCGCGAGAGAGAGAGAGGCAGCUGCUGGAGUAUCUGGAGAGAGUGACGGACCUCAUCCAGAACAAGGGGAAAGUUAAAGCACGUCGUCUGAAGAUGAUGCUGUCGCAGCUCGACACGUCGGCUCUGGGUCCCUGCUCGUCUCCGCAGUUUCGCUCCCCCUCUGGUCGCGUGGGCAGUCUGGUGCCACAGCCUCUUUCCUACCUCACACACGGUCACAUGGCCGGGGUAGCAGUUCUGGGAAAGGUGGUGUUCAGCCUGGCCCCAGAGGGCCGCAUGGCCUUCACGUUCGGUAUGGUCGACAAGGAAGAGACGUGUAUCGUGGUGAUGGUUUACAACACAGCAGACAGCUGGGGCGUCCUGAUAGGCGACUCCGUGGCCAUUCCUGAACCUAAYGUCAAGCGACACAGUAUCACACAUAAAAAUAAGUCGUUCGAUUUCAAAAGCAUACGAGUGGAUUCUCCUCUGCUGCUCAUCGUCAACGGCAAGAAGCAAAACCUCAAGAGUCAGAUUCCUGUUACUGUCUGCUACAAGCAAAAGAGCGAAUGAAACACAAAAAAGGACCGAAAACUUUAGCUGAGUUCAUGUUUUCUGAAUGUUGAGCGUUCUCAAAGUUUGUGCCAGUUCUAGUUUUUUUUUUUUCCCCUGUACAUGUUGCCUUGUUUUGUUCAUAUUUAUGAUUUCUUAAAAGUUUGUUAUGGUGGAGACCACUGUGGAGUUAUUUUCUAAAUAAAUAUAUAAACUUUGA